AUGACGACUGUGCCGCUCCACUCUCGGACCUGUGAGGACUGGGAGAGAAACCGCCGGACAACCGGAGUGGAAAUUGACGGUGAUCAACACGUGCACCUGUCUUCAGAAGCACGUGACUUUGUCUUGCAGCGGGUUUUGUACUGUGAAGUCUGUCGAGCCAUGGCUGCUUCUCCCACAAGGAAACACGUGUCUUCUGAUUAA